AUGAUGACCUGUCUGGCGACUACUUGGCUAUGAUGCUGAGGAAUGGACAUGUUGAACUCAGAUUCGACUGCGGCAGUGGAGCCGGAGUCCUCAGGUCACCAGAGCCGAUUCGCCUGGGUCACUGGAACACCAUAUCCGUAUACCGCCAUCGCUGGGACGCUUGGUUGAGGCUGAACAAUGGCAAGAGGGUCCGAGGGAGGUCCAAGGGUCUCUUCUCACGCAUGACCUUCCGCGAGCCAGUGUGGGUGGGCGGCGCUGGUAACACGACCGGCCUGCAAAACAAACUGGGUCUAUCGGACGGACUUCUUGGUUGCGUGGACUUCUUGAGAAUAAACGGAGACACCUACAAACUGGUGAAGGAUGCUGUCGCUACCCUGGGGAUUGGUGAAUGCGCACCAACACUCGCCCCCUGGAAACCCAGCAAUGAAGUGACCACGAGCGAAACAGUACAUCACAACCAAAACAUAGACAGCCAUGGCAUCUACGAUAUUAACGAUAUCGUCCAUUUUGAAGACAACGAUAUAGUCAUGAGAGACGCUAAAAGUGAUCUUAACAGUUUGGACAACUCUAUAGUUCAAUUUAAGAAAUAUCACGACAUUAAAAAAAUAAAACCGGAAUUGAAUAUAAGAAAUAAUGAGCUAAGUAAUGAUAUUGAUGGUGACGUGAAAAGUGAUGAGUUGAAGGUGAUGAAAAUGGAUAAAGUUGAUGGUGAAUGCGAGUGUCAACAUGGCGGAGGCUGCGUCGGGGGAGUGUGCUUGUGUCCGUUGGGUUAUGCUGGAGUUAAAUGCGAAAUUACACUGGAUUUGAAGGUGCCACGAUUCAACGGUUCCUCGUACUUGAGGCUACCAGGUCUGGGAAACUCAGCUCAAGCGUGGCUUGAUAUACAAAUAACCCUUAAACCAACGAGCGGCGAUGGAUUGGUGCUGUACAACGCUGAGCAUGCGAGUGGCGAUGGGGACUUCUUCUCGCUUCACCUCAGAGACUAUUACGUUGAGUUCGCUUUUGAUCUUGGCUCUGGGAUUGCUCUGGUCAGGUCCGCUUACCCUCUUCAACCUAACACAUGGCACCGAGUGUCCGUCAGCAGAUCGGGCAAGCACGCCUCCCUCCGCGUCCGAGCGACGUCCACCCGUGACGUCACCGACGCGACGCGGUCCGUGACGUCACGGGGCACGGCCAGAAGACUGACGUUGCAUCAGCCCAUGCUGUUGGGAGGAGCGCCUCACCCGUUACCGGAGCGAUUGGCGCUGAGGAGCUCUUACAGUGGUUGUGUUGGACAGCUGGUGAUAAACGACGAGGAACUCUCAGUAGUAUCUUCAGCACUUGGCGGGGUCAAUGUGGAUAACUGUGAUGGACAUAACAGCACAUGUGUUGACAAAAACCUCUGCAUUGAAAUACUUGAACCAGUGCCCCAGUAUCCACAAAAUAUUUCUGAAAACGAGGUACACCACUCAAUUGUACCAAAAAAAGGAUUCCAUCCGAAAUACCACAAAGUUAAAUCGAAGAAACACUCACAACAUAUUCGCAUUGAGAAGUUUAAGAAGAAGAAGUUUAUUCCAACAAAAAAAUACCAAUACUUCCAAGAUCAGAAAAUAAAUGAGAUUGUUACAGAUGGGCCUUAUGACGGCAGGACUUAUAUGCAAGUGAAAUAUUUGAACAAUAACGAAAUUAAUUGGGGCGAUACUAACACGUAUCCCAGCUUUACUGGGAAAGACAGUUUUAUUCACAUAGAUGACGAGGAAACCAUGAAAAGAUUGCUAAGCUAUACGCUGGACAUCAACAUCCGUUUCCGGUCGAUGUCCGCGAACGGCCUGCUCGUGUGGAGCGGCCGCGCGCCCCUCUCCCCGCCCGGGGACUUCCUCUCGUUGGCUGUCGAGAAUUCAGUGCUGGUUUUCAGAUACGAUCUUGGAAGCGGAGAAGUUGUCAUAAUAGCAAAUCACACGAAGGUAGACGACGGACUGUGGCACAGAGCGCGGGCUACCAGAAAUAGACAAGCUGGAGUUUUGGAAGUGGACGGAUUGGGUUCCGUUGGUAAAGUUUCUCCAGGGAAACUGAAACAGCUGAACACUGAAAAUGGACUCUAUAUAGGAGGACUGCCAUCUAUAGAACUGAACACGAUGGGAAAAUACAAAACCGGCCUAGUUGGCUGCGUGUCGCAAAUAUCUCUGAGCGGGGAUUUCGAUAUACCCCUCUCUUUGUCCAAAUUACCCCACACGAUCACGAAUAACGUAGGGAGGUGCACACCAUAAAAAUAAGAGAAUUCAUUUAAAUGAAUCGAACGAUUCAUUUAAGUGAAUUUGUUCGUUAUAUGGCGCUAACUGUCCGGUUCAUUUAUUAGUUCCGAUUUAAUUCUUUAAAAUUCAUUUCAACGUUUAAUGUAAGACUAUUACUAUGUUUGAGGUAGAAAGAAGUGGUUUGAUUUAUGUAUUUUUCAUAAAUAAAAAGAAAAAAACUCUUUACCAAGAUUAUUUAUUUUUACAACAAGAAAAGUAGAAGCAAAGAAAUUAAACAGUGAUUUGAAAAAAAAGUUAAAUUAUUCUACGAAGUGAUGGUUUCCACAAAUUUAAGUUUCAAUAAAUGAACCGGAUUGUUUAGGCGCAAAUAAAUUUAGACAUGUUUCAUUCAUUUUGUUCAUUCAUUUAUUAGAACCCAUUUAUUGGCGCGUUUUCGUUCCGAUCUGUUUAAAUGAAUGACCAAUUAAUUUGUAACUCUGUACCUACAUAUCAACGUAAUGUAAAGUCGGCGGCAAUAAUAUACAAUAUCAAUAUUUAUAUUGCCAUUUACAUAAACAAUUAUAACUUAUUAAACGAAAUAAGCUUAGUCAAUUUAGUAAUAGGAUAUCAGUGAACCUUUCCUUUAUUUUAUCUUAUCCUGUAUUUUCUUUUCUACUUAUAUUUAUUUAUUUAUCUAAUGAUACCUUCUUGUCUAUUUUUUCCAUUGUCUAUGGAACGUUUCAAAGUGCUUUACUAUCUAGUAGAUAUGAGAAAAAAAAACUAUUUGUAAUGUUAAAUUAAAUGAAAUUCUAGUCUUACGAGUGGUAUGCACGCAUUUUAGUUUUUAUAAUUUAAAUGGAAUAAUAGCUAAUCACGAAACUUGUUACCAUGUGAGUGUAUUUUAUAAAUAGUUCAAUAAGUAUACAUACAUAGCGUUUGUAUAUCGGGAUUUUCAUAUGGACGUGGUUUAGAGAAAUGUAAGUAUCUAGUUAGUUACGAUUAGAGUUUUAUAAAAGCUUUUACUUGAGCGUGUCCUAAAAUUAGUUUUACGCAUUGCAUUUCUUUGCUUACAAUAAAAAAAACGGUUAAUUGAUAUUUUAGCACGGCUUUAGUAAUAAUAAUCAUAGAUAUAUUUAUCAGGUAGUGUAAUUUUAAAUGCGCUUUGUAUGUAAUAAUAUAUUCAUACAUUUGCAAUUUGAUUAUUUAAUGAAUAUAAAAUUUAAUUUAUUUAUUCAUUUAAGUACUUAAACAGAUAACUCGAAUUCAAUUGUAACUCUUAAUUCAUUAAAUAAUCAAAAAGCAAAAUAAAUAUUUUCUACCUUAUGAGCCCAGUUGGGAUUUAUUUCAACCCAAUGAUUUUGUCAAUUAUGUAUUUCACAGGGUGUGGGAAAUUUAUAUCAUGCAUAUCCUGAUUGUCCUGGUCACAUCAAAGAACAUUAUCUUUUAAUUUAAUUAAUUUGUAAUUAUCGACUGACGUUUUUCAUUAUAAGAAUUUCAAAUCUAACUCCUUCAGUAAAGUAAAAAUUGAAUGAAAUCAGGAAAGUAAUAAACACUAUUCCUUUCAAAUAAUAAACGAACACUAAUGGUUUGUAGUUAGUAAAAUGGUUACUGUAAUACUAUAUAUACUUUUAAUUUUUAUCUACAUACCUACCUUAUUGCUUUUAUUUAUUAUGUUUUGUUUGUUUUUCGUUAUGUUAUAAUAAAAAAAAACAUCAAAUUAACCAAAGUUUUAUAACUAUAAUUUCUCAAAGAAUUUCCGUAAAAUAGCCCUGAAAUUACAGACUGCUUUUUUGUAUAUUUAAGAAACGACUACAUACCUACUUGGUUUUGGGGUUACGAUUGUAUAAGUAGACCUACUUGUGACAUAUGGAUAGCUUGACUAGCGUUAGUUUUGUAUGUGAAACCUGUCCGA